AUGUCAGUCCAAACGGAGUCGAGGAAAGACCGUCCUAAUGACGAUCGAAGAGACCAGUCAGGUCCACGCCUCAACCGAGACAGGCAUCAACUAUAUGUCAUAAUAGCCAUCCCAUCAUCCCCUCGCCACGCGGAAGGGCCAUCCAGGCCGCAUACAGGGACUCAGCGAAACGAAAGAGAAUUAGUGUACGCACUAGAGAAACACGACCCGAAGGUAAAAUGGCCACAGAAGAUGAAAUCCGACCCAAACACCAGAAAGUCGAAUGUCCUCUGUGAGUUCCAUCAGGAGCGACGCCACAAGACCGAGGACUGCAUAGCCCUGCGGCAAGAAGUAGUGAACAUGCUUCACCAAGGGCACCUGAGGGAGCUGAUGGGUGACCGAGGACGAGCCAACUUCGGUCGCGGACGAGAACAACACCAAGGCUCUCAAAAACCACCCUCCCCCGCCCGCACCAUCCAAAUGAUCAUCAGUGGGGGCGAUGAAGCAGCAGUCAACCACGUGAAGUUUACCACCACACAUAAACUAAAGCGAUCGAUCACCCACGAACAAUAUGAUGACCUCGAAGACAGUAUCAUCUUCGAUAAGUUAGAUACCCAUGGUUUGACCUUUCCUCACUUCGAUGCUCUUGUCAUUACCUUACGUAUUUCGGAUAAUGAUGUAAAAAGAAUAAUGGUAGACGACGAAAGCGUUGAGCGAACCUCAAGGGAGAUAAUUCUACCCGUUCUAGCUGGGAGCGUCACCUUGGAAACAACGUUCCGUAUCAUGAACCAGGACAUAGCUUACAACGCCAUCAUAGGGUGA